CAGUGACGUCAAAUGUCGUCCGCAAAGCUGCCAAACACAAACUGUUGACUACGCGCGAUCCUUAACUAAAAGUACAAAUACCAACAAUGGGCAAUUCUUGUAAAAAAUCACAAAAUCCAAAAAUACCCGACGAUGUCAAUGAUGGCCUUGAGACAUUGGAGGAAUAUCGAAGCCGUUGGCGUUCGGUGCGCGUCAUUUAUUUCACAAUGUUCCUGAUGUCACUUGGCUUCAGUAUUAUACUAACUGGCAUAUGGCCGUACUUAAAUAAGCUAGAUCCAAAGGCGGGCAAAGAGUUUAUGGGUCUCAUUGUUGCCGCAAAUCCGUUGGGUCAGAUGAUCUUCAGUCCGCUCUUCGGUUGGUGGAGCAAUAGAAUUGGCAGCAUACGUUUACCCUUACUAUGUUCGUUGGCGUUGUUCACAUUCGCUAGCGGGCUAUAUUCAUCACUGGAAAUGCGUCCCGAUCAUGUCAAGUACUGGAUGUUGAUCUCACGUUUCUUAAUAGGCGUCAGUUCGGCAAAUAUUGCUGUGUGCCGUUCGUACUUAUCGGCAGCGACACGUUUGAGCGAACGCACGAAAGCCGUUUCGAUGGUGUCACUGGCACAGGUGUUGGGCUUCAUUGUGGGACCCGGUCUACAGACGGCUGUAACACCAUUGGGUAAUGAUGGUUAUAGUUUUCUUUGGGGCUCUAUUGUUUUCAAUAUGUACACGGCUUGUGGCUGGAUAAAUGUACUUAUGAGUAUUGGCAACUUCAUCAUGUUUCUGCCGGGACUUUUUGAGGAGCAUAAAAUAGCUGCACGCGAAAUAAUGAUAAAACAGGGUAAAAGUUCGGAGCGCGAAACGUGGAAGGCCAUCAAACCGGACUAUGUGUCAGCGUGGACUUUAAUUAUGGCAUUCUUCGUGUUGGUCUUCAACUUUGUGCUGCUCGAAACACUCGGCACUUCUCUUACCAUGGACCAGUUUGCAUGGAGCAAUCAUGAAGCGCUCUACUACAUGGGCAUACUGAUGUCAGUGGGCGCUAUUGUGGCACUCGCCACAUUUGUUGCCAUCAAUCCACUUUGUAAAGUUUUUCCCGAACACUAUGUGCUCAUAUGGGGUGGCUUUUCGCUAAUGGUACUCGGCCGUGUGCUGUAUAUACCUUGGGGCGAUGGACCACCUGUUAUUGCUGAAGUUUACAAUGAAACAUUACCGCUGACGGGCAAUGCUACAAUAGAUCUCGAUCCGAAUGAUAUCGUAUUUCUCGGCUGCCCCAAAACACAGCCCUGGUGUGAGCUAACGCCAGCACUGACUUUAACACAAUUCAUCAUCGGCUAUGCAUUCACUUCGAUUGGUUAUCCGAUCGGUGUCACAUUGAUACAAACGAUCUUCUCAAAGGUAUUGGGACCACGACCGCAAGGUGUUUGGAUGGGUCUGAUGACCGGUGCGGGUUGCUUGUCGCGCGUAUUGGGACCUGUUUUUGUAGGUGUGAUUUAUACACGCUAUGGCACAUACUGGACGUUCGGCAUAACGUCGGUGAUGAUGUUCGUAGCGAUGAUAUGGCUGCUGUUAUCGAAAAAUCGUUUGAUACCACCGAGUUUCGACAAUCCUAUGGGUGCCGAAAUGCAAACAUUGAGUACAAAUAAAGUGCCACUAGCAUCAGCGGACGAAGAGUACAAAAUAGUGCCACAAAUUGAUGACGAAGCGCCGGCGCUGAUAGAGAAUGAAGAUGAACUGGAUGCUGCUCUAAAUACAGCGCUGUAUUCGGACAAAAAUAACAUAACUAUAGUUGU